AUGGUUUCAGCAGCAAGUUGGGAAAAUUGUUCGGACCAGCCAGAAUUUGCGAGUUGGAUUUUGAGGAAAAUUGGUACCUCAAUUUUAAGGAAGAUGAGUAGCAACAUUAAUUUGCACAACGCCAAGGUGACUAAGGUCUGGCCCGUGGCCAAUAACGAGGCAAGGUGGAUCAAGCUCGACAAGCUUGCCUACGUCGGGCCCGAUGGAAAGUCGCGCGAGUGGGAAAUGGCCUCCCGUACAACUCGUCCUGCAGGCAGCAAAGUGGAUGGAGUGGGGAUCAUCGCGAUCAUCGAGAAAGAAUCUGGACCAGAAGUUGUUCUUCAAAAACAAUUCCGGCCUCCAGUCGAGGGUAUUUGUAUUGAAAUGCCCGCUGGAUUGGUCGAUCCAAACGAGACGUUGGAAGAAUGUGCCAUGAGAGAGCUUAAGGAGGAAACAGGAUACAUUGGGAAAGUUUUAACGUCUGGUCCAGUUGUUUACAACGAUCCGGGCUUCUGCAACACGAACACAGUGAUUGUCACUGCCAGCAUUGACAUGGCUGAUCCAAGAAAUCAAAACCCGGAGCCUCAUUUAGAGGAGAGUGAGUUUAUCGAGAUAUUUACGGUCCCGUUGGCUUCAUUCUACGAAAGUCUGGAACAAUUGGCCUCUGAAGGUUAUAGGCUUGAUGCGCGGUUGCAAAUUAUAGCCAUGGGUAUGAAGCUGGGGAAACGAUAUGUUGCGAACCAUAAAGUUCCGCUGACUCCCAAAGGACACCUUCAAGCAGCAGAGGCAGGAGCCCAGUUGAGGGAGUUCAUCACACCAGACGAUACGAUAUGCUUCUACACUUCGCCUUAUUUACGUGCCCGCCAAACCUUGGAGGAAAUGGUGGAGGCCAUUGAGGACAUGGGUGUACAAUACAAAACUUACGAAGAGCCCCGCAUGAGAGAACAAGAUUUCGGAAACUUUCAGGGUACCAGCGAAGAAAUGGAAGAGAUAUGGAUUGAGCGCGCCCAGUAUGGUCAUUUCUUCUACAGAAUUCCCCACGGUGAGAGUGCAGCGGACGUUUAUGAUCGGUGCGCUUCUUUCAACGAAACCCUUUUCCGGCAGUUCAGCAAAUCAAAUUUCCCUUCUGUACUUGUGCUUGUGACACACGGGAUAUGGGCCCGUGUGUUUCUGGCCAAAUGGUUCAGAUGGAGCGUGGAGGAAUUUGAAGACUUACAAAACGUUCCCAAUUGUAAAUGGAUUGUGAUGGAGAAGAACGAUAGCACACAGCGAUACAAGCUGAAGACCCAUUUGAGCACAUGGUCUGAACUGGAAAGGGGAAAGAGGGACGAAGAGAUCAAACGAGACACAGGGGAUGAGUUCACAUUUAAUAGCACGGUCCCGGUUACAGAUAGCGAGGUCGACCAGGUUGCAAAUGCAGAGAUCCGCGCCAGAGACGAGCAGAUGGCAAAGUCAGUCAAGAUCAAAAAGAUGUUUGACAAAUUGAAGCUUGGAGAACAGGGCGCUGACGAUGAUCACGAUGACAAAAGCUGCCAAAAUCAGGUGUAG